AACCCCCGCGGCAACCUCUGGGCCACAGGUCACUUCAUGGGGAAGAAGAGUGUCACAGGCUCUCCACGCCUGGAGUCACCGGAGGAACCUGCUGUGCCAAUGGUCUUUGGUCCCUCCCUCAGAGCCUUGCUGGAGGACAUGAUGGAACUGCUUACCCGUGAGCUCCUGAAAAUCCUCUUGCAAGAGAGACUUUUGGAUGAGAACCAAGGAAAAUAUGACCUCAAUGACCAGGUGAAUAUUGACGAAGAUGGAGGGGGUUGCUCAGA